UGUUUGCCAACUGUUAAUAAACAUGAAGGAGGAGGAAAAGAAGAAGGCGAACACAGCUCGCAGUUUCCUAUGAGCGGAAUCAUGUUUGAAAACUUCAGGGAAAAGCUUCACAUCGUCCAGCAGGAUUUCACAACGGGUUUUAAGACUCUUGGAGACAAAUCACGAAACACCAAAAUGAAGAGGAGACCCAGAUUUGAAGAACACCUUCCUCAGUUCAGUGCUGGACUGGAAAUCCUGAACAGGUAUGAGGACGGUUGGUUUCUGCUCCAUAAAAGAACGAAGGACUGUGCUCAGGCUGCAGAGGCACUGGAUGGUGACAUAGUGAUGCUCUCAGCACACUGGGAAAGAAAAAGGACAGCACUAACACAACUACAUGAACAACUGCAAAGCUUGCCAGCCUUUAUCAACGAUCUUGAUGUUAUCACUGCUAAUAUAGCUCAUUUGGAAGGUGACUUUGAGGAAAUGGAGAGCAGACUGGUAUACCUGGAGACUCUGUGUUUUCAGUGUGAGCAACAGGCAGUCAAACAACAACACAUCAGCCAACUAGAAACACUAAAGAAAAAGAAAAGGAGGGAGGUGGAGUUGCUGGAAGAGGAACUGAAUUCUGAGCACGCUCAGAAGGUAGCAGAGAUGGAGCAGAUUAUGCAGCAAAAACUAAGAGAGCAGCAGAAAGUCUAUGAAGAAGCCUUUAACCAAGAUGUGGAACAAUAUCUGUCCACUGGAUACCUACAGCAUAGAGCGCCACCAGGUGCUGAUAUAUGCUCUCUGGAUCAGAUGACAGUAACUAACAUAUCAGACCAAGAGGCUUUGGAUGACUUCCUGAACUCCAGUGGUGAUGAAAUCAAUACUGGAUCAUCGCUGACUUCAGGUCCAGACCUCACAUCUUGCUCUUCUGAGUCUUUGAACCAAACCCCUCCCACAAAUAACCAGCUGCACAACAAGGGUGCAUUCUGGCAGGCAGAAGAAGAGCUGGCCAGUCAGGAGAGUGAUGAGCCUCUGGUGCAGUCGGACGAGGAGGAUGUUCAACCAGAUAUGGCAUUGGUUGUUCUGCAUGAUGUUGGCACAGUCAGAGGCUCUGAUGAUAGUGACUCUUCAGGAGACCUGCACACUAGCAACUGUGGCCCUGAAACUGCCUGAAUCUUGGAGCUGUUACUGCAGAGCUUUCAACUUGCAUGAGGUUUUUCUAGUUCUUAAAAUAUCUCAAAUGUUAGCAUACAACUCUUUCUGAAGACAAAGAACAUCACCAGUCUGGUUUAUUUCAUAAUUUCAAGCUUGUGAAAACAAACAAAUUGAUUCUAACUACAAUGUAUGCAAUCAGAAAUAUAUUCUAACCCAAAUGAUUGUUGGUUUGUUUGAAAAAAAAAAGAAAAAACAUAUCCUUUAACAUGUGUGCUGUAUGCAGUGUUUGACAAACAAGACUGUAUUUGUCACUCAGUCUGCCGGUCUGUCUGUAGCACAGCAGUGUGAGAUUUAAUGUGUUAAUGUGAAAUCUGGUUUGGUUUAUCAAAGUUCUGAUAACUAGGAAGCUGUAAAUAAAAAUCACU